CUCGACGAAGGAACAUCUGCUCUGAUUUCAGUGAAUUGCAAUGGAGGUCGACGGCGGAAGAGUAGAGACCGAGUCGGGACUCGGCUCGAACUGGGCCGAGUUAACUCGCGAAUGUCUCCUCGACAUCCUCUCUCGCCUCACCAUGGAGGAGCGGUGGACGGGACCUUUCCUCACCUGCAAAGCUUGGACGACCGCGUGCAAGGACCCGUCCCUCAACACGGUCCUCGAUCUCGAGACUCGAUUCCGGUCAUCGACCGAGUCAUCCUCCUGGUGGUCGUCCGAGUUCGAGCGGAAGAUCGACUCGGUUCUCCGAUCAGUCGUCGAUUGGAGCGAUGGCGGUCUCACGGUCAUCCGGGUCAGACACUGUACGGAUCGCUCUCUGUCUUAUGCUGCUGAGAGAUGUCCAAAUCUGGAAGUUCUUUGGGUCAAAAGCUGUCCAAAAGUUACAGAUGCAUCCAUGGCAAAGAUAGCUUCAAACUGUCCAAAGCUCAAGGAACUCAACGUGAGCUAUUGCUAUGAAAUAUCUCACGAGUCUCUGACAAUGUUGGGGAGAAAUUGCCAGAAUCUGGAGAUCCUCAAGAGGAACUUGAUGAACCGCUUAGAUCCAUCUCAGCACAUGAGGGUCGUCCCUCUCGACUAUCUGGACGCGAUCCCUCAAGACGGGAACUCCGAAGCCGAAGCAAUCGGGAGAAACAUGCCCCAGUUGAAGCACCUCGAACUCCAGUUCUCGACGUUGAAUGCUAAAGGUCUUGCUUCGGUAUGUGAAGGGUGUCGAGAUCUGGAACAUCUGGAUGUGUUCGGGUGCGUGAAUUUGACGAGCCGUAAUAUUUUCGACGGUACUGUGAACAUGAAGAGCCUGAAGGUGAUCAAGAGGCCGAAUUUCUACAUCCCUCGGUCGGUAUUCAACUUGGGCAGGUAUGGUCACUGGAGACUGUACGAAGAUCGGUUUCAGACCGACGUUUUCAGAAUCUGAUCCUCGGAUUUUAGGUACCGAGCAUAUACCAUUGAUCUGUCUCUGUUUCUGUUCAUGUUUCCUUCUCUGUUUAGUACCCUGUUGUUAAUAAUAUGCUUCUGGGAAUACUUGAAUGUUACUUUCAUGUGAAUUCUGAAUCUUUUCUGUUUGGCUUCAAGAUCAUUUUCCAUAUGUUUUGGUUUUGAUGUUCUUGAUUGUAAAUAUAUUUCUUGAUAUUGGAAGAUCCUUGUGCUCA